AUGAGUUUGCAUGUACUUCGCAGAUGUAUGUCAUUGAGUGCUGCUGUCCAAGCAACGGAACAUGUUAUAAGGUCACCUAUUCAGUUGCAUGGAGUGGAAGGACGAUAUGCAGUGGCGCUAUAUUCAGCAGCAGUGAAAGACAGUAAGCUUGAUACCAUCUAUAAGGAUCUCAAGUCGUUACAAAACAUUUAUCAGACUAGUGUUAAAUUUGAGAACUUUAUACUGGAUCCUACAUUAGCACCAUUAUCUAAAGUAAACACCAUGAAGGAUGUCGCCAAAAACCUAAAUGUAAGCAAGGAAACGCUCAAUUUUUUGGGUUAG